AUGAGUCUCCCCUCACGCCUGUCCGGCGAGAACAAGGACGACAUGGUCGUCUCUGACGGCACUGGCGCCGGCACCGACGUCGAGGAUGGCCGCCUCGAGGCUGCGCGCGAGGCCAAGCGGACCAUUGGCAUCACCACCGCCGCCUUCCUCAUCUUCAACCGCGUCAUCGGCACGGGCAUCUUCGCGACACCCAGUGCCAUCCUCUCCCUCAGCGGCUCCGUCGGCCUCUCCCUCAUCAUGUGGCUCGUGGGCGGUCUCAUCGCCGCCGCCGGCACCGCCGUCUACGUCGAGUUCGGCACGGGUAUCCCCAAGAACGGCGGCGAGAAGAACAUUCUCGAGUACGUCUUCCGCAAGCCCAAGUUCCUCACCACCUCGUUCUACGCCGGAUACGUCAUCCUCCUCGGCUGGGCGGCCGGUAACUCGGUCGUCUUCGGCGAGUACAUCCUCCUCGCCGCCCGCGUCGAGCCCACGCAGUGGAACGGGCGUGGCCUCGGUAUCGCUUGUAUCACGAUUGCGUUUAUCAUCCACGGCACCGCCCUCAAGUGGGGGAUCCUCCUUCAGAACGUGCUAGGCACCAUCAAACUCGCCAUCAUCCUGAUCAUCAUCGUCGCCCCCCUCGCCAGGCUCGACAAAACAACGGACAACCUCUCCAACGCCUUCGAGGGCACCUCGGGCAGCCCGUACGGCGUCGUCACCUCGCUCAACAACGUCAUCUGGAGCUACGUCGGCUACAGCAACGCCAACUACGCCCUCAGCGAGACCAAGAACCCCGUCCGCACCCUCAAGAUCGCCGCGCCCCUCGCCAUCGGCAGCGUCUCUGUCCUCUACAUGCUCGUCAACAUCUCCUACUUUGCCGGCGUCCCCAAGGCCGAGAUCAUUGCCAGCGAGCGUCUCGUCGCCGCCGCCCUCUUCCGCAACAUGUUUGGCCCCGCCGCCGAGCGCGCCCUCUCCGUCUUCGUCUCCCUCUCCGCCUUUGGCAACGUCCUCUCCGUCAUCUUCUCUCAGGGGCGCCUCGUCCAGGAGCUCGGCCGCGAGGGCGUCCUGCCUUUUGCCCGCUUCUGGGCCAGCAACCGGCCCUUUAACGCGCCUCUCGCUGGGCUUUUCUGGCACUGGCUCAUCUGCGUCAUCACUAUUGUCGCACCCCCGCCCGGCGACGCCUACAACUUUGUCCUCAACCUCAUCUCCUACCCGCUUGCCAUCGUCAACACCUUUGUCGCCAUUGGCCUCAUCUGGCUCUACCUCCACCGCUCCACCAACGGAUGGAACCCCCCCGUCAAAGCCACCCUGCCCGUUGUCGUCUUCUUCCUCCUCAGCAACCUCUUCCUCGUAUGCGCCCCCUAUGCGCCCCCAGAAGACGGACAGAGCAUCUACAAGAGCAUGCCCUACUGGACGCACAACGUCGUCACCUGGGGCGUCUUUGGCCUCGGCGGCGUCUACUGGGUUGUUUGGUCCAAGGUUCUGCCGCGCCUCGGCGGCUACAAGCUCGUGCGCGAGACACAGAUCGACCCCAUUGACGGCUGGGAGCGGCAGGUCUUUGUGCACAGGCCGCUGCAUGAAACGUCUAGCACCGGCGGCGUCACGGGGGACUUUUAG